AUGGCGAGGCCAAUUGCGGUGGAGAAGGAGAAGCACGAGAAGAAACUGGUCCUUCCCUUGAGUCCUUCUAGUACUACUCCUGUAGACGACAAUGAUCUGCUUCACGUAGAUGAACUUCAACUUGCUGUUCGUGGACACGGUGCCUGUGCCGUGCCCCAGCUCACCACACGUUGUGGCUUCUUCUUCCAGAGCUGCUGUCCUGGAAGACUCGCGUACAAGUCCACGCCACAGUCUCUUACGCUGUCGUGGACGCCGUCUGCUGACAAGAGGGCGCGCACCAACUGCGACGGUAGACGUAAGGGCCGCUUACUGGCGGUCGGGAAGCGACGAGGGAAACUGGUGAUGGCCAACAUGUUGCUCGGGGGUGCUGAAAAGAGGACGUGA